AUGGCAAUGUCGAAACCUGCGACCGCGUCGUUGUUCAUCAGAGCUACUUUCCUUGUGUGCUUUUGCACUGCACAGUUGCUCGACAUCGAUACGGACAAGCCAGCAUUUCACAUUCCGCGUCACUUCGUAUCUCUAUCGAGCAGCCCAAAAACAAUCAUAGUUCACAACAGCAAAAUGUUACGUCGCAUGAUUAACUCAGAAGUGUUCCAGUCUCUGAUUAGAGGUCUAUCUCCAGCCUACUGGAGAUUAGGAGGUCGCGAGGCAUUGCUUGUGACUUUCGCCAACCAGUCGGACGAUUGUCCUCCGCCACAUUAUGGCUCUGAAAAUAGCAGUGACGGCGAUACUAACAGUGUGGAGGCGACGAAAAGGAAAAUACCGCUGUGUUUGACUUCGACCAUAUUUGACGAGCUCUACCGUCUGACGAUGACGACAAGCAACCUGCUGCUUUUCGAUCUCAAUGAUCGAGUGAGGUUCGGUGACGGAUCUUGGGACUACAGAAAUGUGCGGAAGCUGGUUGACUACGUGAUGGAGAAAAGAUACAACGUGUCAUGGCAGCUGGGCAACGAGCCAAGCUCUUAUUUUCAUCAGUUCAACAUUGUAGUUGAGCCAGAGCAACUUGUACAAGACUAUAAGACUCUUCGAAAACUUGUUGGAGUGAAGCAAAUAGUUGUUGGUCCAGAGAUGGUAGAUAUAGAUCCUCAUCGUUAUCUUGAUGAUGAGUUGUCACGUCAGAAGUACUUUCAAAGGUGGGAAGUUGCUGGUGGGGGAAAUUUUGUCAAUGCAACAUCAUGGCACUUUUACUAUCUUCACAGACCACCUAAUGAAAGUGACAUGUACUCAUCUCGUGUACUCGAUGAACUUCUCAUUGCCAUCAAUACAACAGAGUCAUAUUCAACUGGAGACAGCGUUGACUACUGGCUGACCGAAACUGGAAAUGUAAUUGGGAAACAUGCCAUUGCAAAGUUUACUGAUUCUUAUCUGGCUGGAUUUAUGUGGCUUCAUAAGCUAGGCAUUGCAUCAAGGAAAGGCCACACAGUUGUGUGUCAUGAAACUCUCAUCACCUUUUCUCGGGGGCUUUUGGAUCCUUCAUUUGACCCUCAAGUGACAUAUUGGCUAUCAUAUCUGUUUAAACGUCUUGUUGGCACUGGUUCUCUUGAAGUGAAAGGACAACUACAAUUGAAUCGACAAGUACAUACGUUUGCAUUUUGCACUAACGCAGCAGAUGUUUAUGUAAAACGAUCGUAUGUUCCUAGUGAUGUUACUCUUCUUGUAAUUAACAUACAGCAAAGCAUCGAAGCUACCAUCAGUCUUCCUAGUCGUUUUAUGCAUAAUAUGGUUGACGUUUACCAUCUUACUCCUGCGGACAACAAUCUGACAUCAACUUCUAUUAUGUUGAACGGGAAGAAGAUGCAACUUGGACACAAUCAUCAACUUCCUUUGCUUACACCAAUAGAGCAAGCUGGUUCAAAGGUGAUAAGAUUACCACCACUCACAUAUGGAUUUUAUGUUAUUCGAAAUGCAACCGCUUCAGGUUGUUUGUAAGAGCUUACAUAUCUGUGCCUGCUGAGCAAUUGGGAUCAACAUAGAGUCUUGUCUGUUGCAGUGUUAUAAACUUUAAUGCAACAUCUUUGUUUGUGUAUUGACUGAAGUUUCGUCAAUAUAGCUUUGUUUUUAGUUCUAUCAUGAUGACUUUAGAUCUAUUGUAGCUAUGUAGAAAUUAUAGCUAUAUCUUCUUUGGUUUGGUUUAUUGUUGAAUUGAUCGGAAUAUACUCAGCUAUGCAAUAUA